CAACGUACGUAUUUCUUUAGUCAGGCAAAUAUCAGGGCAGCACAGUAAGGGUGAACAUGUGCAGCCCUCUGAGCACAAAGCUUUGGAGCUGUACAGAGCACAGAUCUCCUCUAUUCUACUAGGUUUUUAUUUUAACUGUGGCUGGUGUGUGUGUGUGUCUGCGUGUACGUGCCGUGUUUGGUCUCAGAAACAUGUCGAAGAGAGCGAAGAAAAACGAGGCGUCUGCAGAAGCAGAACCACCAACAAAGAAAGGGAAGAAGGCGAAGGAACCCGAAGCCCCAGUGUUGUAUGACGACCCCCCAGAUAAACUGACCAGCAAGGACGGCCGGGCAGCCAACACGAAGAUAACCUCUUGGAACGUAGAUGGCCUGCGUGCCUGGGUUAAGAAGAAAGGGCUUGAUUGGGUGCGUCAGGAGGCUCCAGAUGUGCUUUGUCUUCAGGAGACUAAGUGUGCUGAGAAAGCUUUACCAGCGGACAUCACCUCUAUGCCUGAGUAUCCAUAUAAGUACUGGGCAGGCUCAGAAGAUAAAGAGGGUUACAGUGGCGUGGCCAUGCUCUGCAAGACCGAGCCUCUUAAAAUUACUUAUGGCAUUGGUAAAGAGGAGCAUGACAAAGAGGGCCGUGUGAUCACUGCAGAGUUCCCUUCCUACUUCCUGGUUACUGCAUACGUGCCCAAUGCUGGCCGUGGCCUGGUUCGCCUCGACUAUCGCAAAACGUGGGAUGUAGACUUCCGUGAAUACCUGAGCAACCUGGACAGACGUAAGCCCUUGGUGCUGUGUGGUGACCUCAAUGUGGCCCACCAGGAGAUUGACCUGAAAAACCCCAAAGGCAACCGUAAGAAUGCAGGCUUUACUCCCGAAGAACGGGAAGGUUUCAGCCAGCUCCUGGCUGCUGGUUUUAUCGAUAGCUUCCGUGAGGUGUAUCCGGAGCAGACCAACGCCUACACCUUCUGGACGUACAUGAUGAAUGCACGGUCCAAGAACGUGGGCUGGCGCUUGGACUACUUCGUGCUCUCUACUGCUUUGCUCCCAAGCUUGUGUGACAGCAAAAUUCGUAACACGGCCAUGGGGAGUGACCACUGCCCCAUUACCCUUCAUUUGGCUUUAUAAUCAUAUAACCACUAAUGUCCGUAUGCUUUCAGGGAGUCGCAGUCACUACUUUCUUAAGAAAGCAGUUAGUUGUUUCACCUUUUUGUCCCCCCUAACUUGUGUAGUUUAUAUACACAAUAUACAGAAACUCUUAAUUAGGCCAUUAGUGCUAAGAGGGAACAGAUAGUAGGUUCAAUUUAGAGUUUGUAGUUAUGUUGCAGAUGUUCACACAAAAUGUUUUUAUUUUCCCAUUGUACUUAGUUCUUAUAAAAAUCUCCAAAUGAAGCCUGACCUCAGAGCAUGGCAUAUGAUGGAGACUUUGAUCUUCUACAUCUGUCUUGUUUUAUUCCAGGAAGCAGAUGACAUGAAUUUACAUUCUUGUUCAAGCCAAUGUGAAAUGGGGGAAAAAAGUACUCCAGCUCCAAAUCAAAGCAUAGUUCAUGUUCAUCUGGAUCAAUGUUCACAAGAGUCACGAGCCGUUACCGUUAAAUGUCGAGUUUCUGAACCUUUUAAAACCCCAGUUUUGAAACACCGGUGAUUCUAGAGCUGUAUGACUGAUUACCAAAACCGUGCAAUUGGCAGGUUUCUAGACAAAUGACUUUGUAUUACUGCAAUGCUGUGAAUGAAUGCAAGGUGAUCGAUUGAUGUAUUUUGGUUUAGUUUCAGGUAUGAACUUGUUUGAUUAAUUUCCCUUUAGUUAGCAGUUGUUUCAUAAUCAUCUUCACUGUGCUUCCUACUCUUACUGCAAAACAGUCUAUUUUUUACUCACUUCUGCUGAAACAAAAAUAAAUUGCUGAACAAAAGGCA